AUGACAUCUCCUGCGUACAAUAACCACUUUUCUCUGGCGAACAUUCCAUUCGGAGUAGCGUCGUCGCCAAAACAUGCCACACAAUGUGUGACCCGACUAGAGAACACUGUCGUGUUUCUGGGGGUCUUGCAGCAACAGAAUAUCUUCAAAAACGUGCCUGGCUUACCAAUUGACGUUUUCAACCAGGCUACGCUCAACAACUUCGCAGCACUCGACAAGUCAAUCCAGCGCGGAGUAAGAGCCAUUCUCCAAGUCGUUCUGACCAAGGAACUACCACUUGGUAGCACGGAAAAUAUCAGUGCGGUCAGUCUGCAUCUGCCCGUCGCUGUGGGUGGCUUCACGGACUUUUCCUGUAGUCUGCAUCACGUCCGAAAUGCCGGUCGGGCAAUCCUGAACGACGAAACGCCGCCUCGUGGGUUCUUCAACUUCCCGAUUGGAUAUAACGGUCGUGCAAGUACGAUCGUGGUAUCGGGAACUCCAAUAGUUCGCCCGAAAGGACAUACUAUUGACCGAAGCGCCACAACCGAGCAGAAGCCGAUCUUGUUUGGCCCUUCAAAGGCAAUGGACUAUGAGCUCGAGAUUGGAGUCAUCGUGGGAAAGCCUGUACCACCGGAAAAAGGCGUGAAUGCGAAGGAUGCGGAUGAGCAUAUAUUCGGAUUGGUUAUUUUGAAUGAUUGGAGCGCCCGAGACAUACAAGGUUGUGAAAUGGUACCUUUGGGUCCAUUAAACAGCAAGGCUUUCGGAACGAGUAUCUCGCCAUGGGUGGUAACUUUGGAUGCUCUGCAAUCGUUCAAAUCCUCGGGUCCAACGCACGAUACCCAGCUUGCCAGUCACUUGAAAGAUGUUGCAGUGGCCGAGUCGAGCUACGACAUUGCACUGGAGGUAGAGCUUGUGACCAACGGACAGCCGACCACUCUGAGUCGUUCCAACUUCAGGGAUCUUCAUUGGAGUGGUCGGCAGAUGGUUGCCCAUCUGGCUAGUAGCGGUGCAGACCUGAGAACCGGGGACAUCUUGGGAACCGGCACUGUGAGUGGGUCAGAAAAGGGUAGCUACGGCUGCCUUCUCGAGAUGAACAGCGGAGGGAAGGAGCUAGUUCCAUUCGCGAAUGGGUUGAAAAGGGUGUUCCUUGAAGAUGGCGACAUAGUCCAGAUGACUGCUGUGGCAGGGAAAGAUGGCUCAGGUGUUGGAUUUGGCGAGUGCGUGGGGCAAUUGUUGUCAGCGCUGUGA